AUGUCGUCUGCCCCUUCCAACGCCCUCCGUGGUAAGGCUCUUGCUGAGCUUUACUUCACCCGUAUGUCCCCCGACAGCCGCAUCUGGGAGUGUCACUAUGGUGUCCACCGGACGCAAAAUGCAUCGGGGUACACGAACUUGUGCUCCCACAUCAACACUGACCAUCCUGAGCACGCUACCCUUGCUAGUACCCCUGGUGCGAACCCUUCGCAUCACUUCGAGUCUAUGGUCCCCAGCACUGUGCACAACGUAUUUGGAUGGUUGGCUUGGAUCACUAUGUCCCUGUUACCGUUCGCGUUCUGUGAAAACGUGUACGCCAAACGUUAUACUACCUUAGGGUCCAUGACGACCAACACUCUGUGGAAGUACAUACAUUUGGUGUGCCAAGUUGUGGAAGCGAAGCUCCGACGCACCCUAUCAUCUAAGUUUGCACAUGUGUUUGACGGCUGGACGUCUGGGUCAACUCACUACGUUGCUGUUUUCGCUACGUUCCCAUCAGACAAUGUGAUUUGCUACCAACGUGUCCUACUGUCGUUUGCACAAAUGAAUGACGAGGAGUCUCUCAGUGCCGACGCUCAUCUCAACUACAUCCAGUUUGUGUUGGACUACUAUGGAAAUUCUAUGGAUAACGUUGUGACGUUUGUGGGGGACAAUUGUUCGACCAAUGUGGCUUUGCUCAUAGGACUGGACGCCCAUUGCACGCACGAUAAACGUAACUCGUUAAAGUUCCGUUUAUACAUGGUUCAACGAUAUGUGGGCAUCCGUACCUUUAUCGCACUUAUCGACGAUGAUGUGGAUCUCGACGAGCUACGCCUGUCCACUCGCGAAGACCGUGAGGUCGACAUGCUGCUUGCCCAACUGGAGAACUUUGACACUGUGACGUUGGCCUUGCAGCGCGAUACGAUGUCUUUGUCUGAUGUGCGCAUCCUAUUUGACACGGUGAUGGAGGAUUACCCUCAGGUGGUGCACUACCUGUCUCCAUCCGCCACCAUUGUCCAGCAGCCCAACUUUGAAAAUGGGUGUUUGCGUGUUGCACCGUUGGAAGCCGUGGUGGCCGAGAAGCAUGAGACCUACGCGGAGCGUGCGCUCAAACGACAACGUCGCGUGCCGUCUGAAGACAAGUUCCUGGAUUGCCGCUUCAUUAUCCCAACGUCAAACAUUUGUGAGAGAUUCUUCUCUGCCACGAAGAGGGCCAUCGGAGAUCAUCGUUGUGGUUCGCUUCCGAAGAACUUUGAGUCUCAAUCUUUUUUGUAUGCGAACGUGGACAUGUGGAGCAUGGAUGAAGUGCAGAAAAUCAUGCAAGCAAACGAGAAAUAG